CUUGCCCCUUGUCCCUGGCUUACCCUUGCUGGAGACAGUGACGAGAGAAACUUGGCCCUGCUGUCAGCUGGAUCCCCGCCAAGCCAUUUGUUUAGCUUCCCGGCUGGGGGUGAGGCGACAGCAGAAAGUUCCCUAGAGCAGGGCGGAUGGGAUGGUGCCUGUGCGUGUCUUGCUUUGGGCUUGAAUAAUGGCUGGGGUCCCUUCAAGGAGCCACAAAAUCGAAGGAUGGUGAAGCUCCUUCGGGGCCGGAAUAUCUAAUGUUGUGAAGGCUGUCACAUCUCUGGACCCAGAGCACCAACACAUCAGGAGGACAGAGCUGGAGGAACCCGAGAGAGGAGAGCUGGCUUCUUGCAAAGAGGAUGGGUCCCAGCCGUCCUCCCUUCUGUGGCAGUGACGGUGUCCUUUUGGGACCCUCUUUGCGCACGGCAUUGGACAUUUCUGGCUCCGGAGUCUAAUUUAGCCUUUCGGCCAUCAGCUACCCUCCUUGGCUUUGUGCAGAGCCUUGGGGGGGGUGGUGGCUGUGGUGGUGGCAAUUGCCCAAGUUCUCUGCCUCUGAGGAACAGCAGCCGGGAUGUAAGUGGGGAUGCUCGCCUCCUGCUCCAAGCUAAACAACUCCCCUGGAGUUUCCCCACCCUCCAAGACAGACAGCUCACCUGUUCUCGCCAGGAAAAUGAGCGCGAUCCCCAACCUUCGUCUCCAGAGGAGGUUCACUGUGGCCCAUCCGCUUUGCUUUGAUGUCGAGAAUGGCUUCUCUCCAGGACGAAGUCCCCUUGGUUCCCAGGCCAAUCUGGGCCUGGGACUUGUUUUACAAGGCACAACACCCCACAGCCAACGUCGGGAGUCCUUCCUGUACCGAUCGGACAGCGACUAUGACCUCUCCCCGAAAGCCAUGUCCCGCAAUUCCUCUGUCAGCAGUGACAUGCAUGGAGAAGACUUGAUUGUUACUCCUUUUGCACAGGUCUUGGCCAGCCUGCGGACAGUUCGUAGCAACUUUGCUGUCUUGACCCACCUCCGGGAACAUGUCUGCAACAAGCGAACAUCUGGUCCCAUCAAUCCCCUCUCUACCUCUAAGGUCAAUCUAUCAGAGGAUGCCUACCAAAAGUUGGCUAUCGAGACCUUGGAAGAGUUAGACUGGUGCCUGGAUCAGCUGGAGACUUUGCAAACACGUCAUUCAGUCAGUGAGAUGGCUUCCAACAAGUUUAGAAGAAUGCUCAAUCGGGAACUGACACACCUCUCGGAAACAAGCCGUUCUGGAAACCAGGUAUCCGAGUACAUCUCCAACACAUUCUUGGACAAGCAGCAUGAGGUGGAAAUCCCAACCUCUGUUCCCAAAGAAAAAGACAAGGAGAAAAAGAAGCGGCCAAUGUCACAGAUCAGUGGUGUGAAAAAACUGAUGCAUAGCUCCAGCUUCAGUUGUGCUGCCAUCCCUCGUUUUGGAGUAAAAACGGAUCAGGAAGGGCCAUUGGCUAAGGAACUAGAAGAUGUGAGCAAAUGGGGCCUUGAUGUAUUCAAGAUUUCAGAGUAUUCUGGCCACCGCCCACUAACCGUCAUCAUGUACAGCAUCUUCCAGGAAAGGGACUUGCUGAAAUCUUUUCACAUCCCUGCGGAUACCUUCAUCACAUUCAUGAUGACCCUGGAAGAUCAUUAUCAUGCUGAUGUUGCCUACCACAACAACAUUCAUGCAGCUGAUGUUGCCCAAUCCACACACGUAUUGCUUUCAAUGCCAGCUCUGGAGGCUGUUUUCACUGAUCUGGAGAUUUUGGCUGCCAUUUUUGCAGCUGCCAUCCAUGAUGUUGACCAUCCUGGCGUUUCUAACCAGUUCCUGAUAAAUACCAAUUCAGAACUGGCACUAAUGUAUAAUGAUGCAUCGGUGUUGGAAAAUCAUCAUUUGGCAGUAGGAUUCAAACUCUUACAAGAGGAAAACUGUGAUAUUUUCCAGAACCUCUCUAAGAAGCAACGACAAAUGCUCCGGAAGAUGGCCAUUGACAUGGUGCUGGCAACAGAUAUGUCAAAACAUAUGAAUCUUCUGGCUGAUCUGAAGACAAUGGUAGAGACCAAGAAAGUGACCAGCUUGGGAGUCCUGCUUUUGGAUAACUACUCAGAUCGCAUUCAGGUUUUGCAGAAUAUUGUACACUGUGCAGAUCUCAGCAACCCCACAAAACCACUAGAGCUCUAUCGCCAGUGGACAGACCGAAUCAUGAUAGAAUUCUUCCACCAAGGAGAUCGUGAGCGGGAGAAGGGCAUGGAGAUUAGUCCAAUGUGUGAUAAACACAAUGCCUCCAUAGAAAAGUCUCAGGUGGGAUUCAUUGAUUAUAUUGCUCAUCCGCUUUGGGAAACCUGGGCUGAUUUAGUUCAUCCUGAUGCUCAGGAGAUUCUGGAUACUUUAGAGGACAACCGAGAAUGGUAUCAGAGCAUGAUUCCUCAUAGUCCUUCACCUCCCCCAGAUACAUCAGGUUUAGAGAAAAGUGGAGGAGACAAAUUCAAGUUUCAGCUUACUUUAGAGGAGGAAGAUGGAGAAGAAUCAGAUAUUGAACCAGAGAUUGAGAGCCCUUUGGAAGAAGAUAAUAGUGAAUCCAAAACCUUGGGGACAACUGAUGAUUCAGAAUCUGCAAAUGAGCCAUUGCCUUCUCCAACAGACAAAUUGGGCAGCCCCCACAGAAAUGCCCUGAUCAAACAAAAGGGUGCACUGAACUUUGACAACCAAAGAACACUUUCACAGACGGAUAGUGGUUCCAUAGCAGAUCCAGCUGAGUUAGCAAGAAGAGAGAGCCUGACUGAUGCACAAUCAUGUCUUGACAUGGAAGGAAAUAUCACCUUUUUGCCUCUUGGGACGUAGUGAAGGGAAGGCCCGAUGAUGAUUGCAUUCUGGCAGGGCCAGAAGGGGACCACCCCAAAUCUUGCUGCCAGCAACCUAUGAUUUCACUCCCCAUUAUAAGGGAGUGUUACUAUUAACAUUUUCUUCCCCAAAGAAAUCUGUAGCUUGAACCACAUUAUUUGCCCAGGUGGCGAAAUAUCAGAGAUCAGACUAUGCCUGUCAUGUCUUCCUUCCGGUGUUGCUACUCAGCAUCUGAGUUGUACCUGGCAAAUGGAAAAAUUCUUUCUGCUGGACUUCUCACUAUCACUAAUUUCUUAUUUUGGUUUCAAGUUGGAAAUAGUCUGUAUUUUGUUUUAAGAAAGCCCAGGUGGAAAUACAACUUUUAGUUCAGUGUAAGAACAAAUGUUUUGCCUGAAGAUGGACACAGGUUCAGUCUCUGACAAGUUUAGUUUUCUUUUUUAGAGGUUCUAGGCUUUGGGGGGGGGAUUCUGACUGUGAUCCUGGAAAACAUUUUUAAGUUAGAGCAGGCGGUACUGGAUUGGUUGGACAAAUAGUCAGACUUUUUGUAAUCCUACACUUUCCAAGCAUGCAAAUUUCAUUUGAGGAAAGGUUCUGUAUGAUCCUGCUGAAAAUCAGGUUAAUAUAGUGAGCUUGAUGGACCAAUGAUUUGACCCAGCAAAAAGAGAAUCUUAAAAUGACAUGCUACUGCAGAAAAAGGGAAAUUGUGCAGAUAAAUAUUAUGUCUGCUUUUCUCAAACCAGCAUCCUGGGAAGUUUCACAUAAAAUAUUCAAGUAGGAAGCAGUCUCUGUAAAUUUCAAAUAAUUCUAGUGUGAUGGGAUGCUAUCAAGAGAUACAAAAUUCAUCCUGCUGGAUGCAUUUGGCAUCAAAUUUCUGAUACUCAAACAAGAAGGCCUUCCUUCAGACUGCAUGUUGCCCAGUGGUGAAAUCCAAAUUUUACUACUGGUUCUGUGGGCAUGGCUUGAUGGGCGUGGGAGGGGAAGGAUACUGCAAAAUCCCCAUUCCCACCCCACUCUGGGGCCAGCCAGAGGUGGUAUUUGCCGGUUCUCCGAAGUACUCAAAAUUUCCGCUACCGGUUCUCCGGACUGCUCAAAAUUUCCGCUACCUGUUCUCCAGAACCUGUCAGACCUGCUGGAUUUCACCCCUGAUGUUGCCUCAAUCUGGUAGCUGCAUUGAAAAUCUCCUCCUUUAUGUUAAUCUCUUAGAUACUUUUUCUCCCACAUGAAAAUAUUUAUAGAAAGUGACAACCCAAUUUCUCCAAUAUUCAGAAGCCUAUAGAGAAGGGACUACAGAUUUUGUUUAUUUUUCCAGUAAGGGGGGAAACUCUAUUAUUUUAAAUUAUGUUUAUUUUGUGACGUGUAUUUCUCCAUAGCAGCUGUAAAGAGUAAAUAAUUCAUGUGUUCUUUAAACAAAAGAGGAAAGUAUUUUGAUGCAGAAAUAGGUAGUAUUUUAAAAAAUAUUUAAUUAAUCUUCCCAGCAAUUUCUAAUACAAAACGACUAUGGUAACUGGCAGAACUGUUUGCUAUACAAGGGUAAUUGGAAGUCUUGCUAAUUUUCAAAUUAAUGGGGGGGGGACUUGAACUUGAUAAUUUGUCUCUUCUGACAUUUUAAUCACUUUGACUUUUUCCUGUGAAAUCAAUGUCACACUUCGUUAGGGCUUUGGGUGUGUGUGGCUUCUUUGCCCCUUUCUCCUAAAAGGAAUGGGAGAAGCUAUCCCAAGAGAUGUGUUCAUAUUAGACUACUCAUAAAAGUUUUAUGUGAUAUGUACACUAUUUAUUUUGAAUCUUUUGAUCAUUAACAUUUUGCUGAAGAAAAAGACCUAUUAUUUUUAAAGGGCAUUUUAACUUUCUUUUCUAAAUACAAACAUGGAAUUGUUUUGUUUUAAUAAGCUGGUUUUCUGACAUUAGGGGAGAAGCAAUUUAUGUCAAAUUGUGAAAAAAUUGUGGAUUUACACAUUUCCCCCCUAUUUUCAGUAUUCAAAGAAAUCUAUUAUUUUGGUUUUUCUGGGUUAUCUGGAUCUUCACUCCAUGAAUUUUGCAGUUCACAAAAAAAGAUUGUUACAACUCUGAAUUUGCUCAAAUCAAGUUAGAGAUCCAUUCUGUCCCUCUUUUUCUCCGUAUGCAUUAAAGAGUCUGUCCUAUUCCAGAGAAUGCAACUAGAUAGCACUCUAUCCAUUGAUUUUCCCCCUAGAAGGCUUAAUUUGCUGAUUUGAAGAGAUAGAUGCAUUUUGUGUUUUUACUGUACUGUUUUGGGUAAAUAAUGCAGCCCCACGGAGUCUCAAAAAGAGACAGAAUUGGUUGAAACUGGGGAAUCAUUAGCCAAUGCAAGUAGCAGAUAAAACUUAUGAAUAGACAAAUGAGAUUUAAAGGCUCAUUUGUAAAAAUUUUGGUGAGGCCAGAUUAUGAUUUAAGGAGCUUAAACUACUAAAUGAUUAUAAAGCUAGGGUGGUACCUCCAUCUACUAUAUUUAUGUAUUAGAAAUCCAGGGAGGGUGCAAAUGAGGAUGAUUCUAUGCACCAAAAUGAUAUUGUGUCUCAUCAUUUUUUUCCAUAUACUAUACCUCUUAUGAAAGGCCGGUUAUGCAUUACUACUGGGAAGGCUACCACUUUUAAUUUAUUUUCAGCAAGUAUUUUUUGUUCUUUUUUUAAAAAAAACUUUUGUAGCUUUAUGCUUAAUAAUAUUUUGAUGUGUAAUAACCUCACCAAUGGUUGGUUCAGGCAAAUUUUAUUGAUAGCAAUUGGUUUAACUGUAAUUUGCACUCAAAAAUGCUGCAUUAUGUGUGUGCAAAUGUAUAUAUGUAUAUGUUGAAUGUUUGUUUGUAUACACAUGUAUUUCACAAUGCACUUUGAGUUUGCUGAGCUGCCACUGGGGCCUGGCCCUACAGAUUGAGUUACUGUUUUUUUGUGAAAUAAGUAUUGUCGUAACCACAGAGAACAUGUUGACAUUUUUAUCUGAUUGUCUGGUUUUCCUUACAACAUUAAGUGUUUUCUGGCAACACCUUUUCUUUACAUUGUAUUUAAGUGUUAAAAUGAAAUGUUUGGCUUUUUAAAUUGUACUACGAAUCUCCAGAGUUUAAAAAAAUCCCGUUCUAAAGAAAUCACAGUAAUGCAGCAUUUGUUAGUAGGAAUGAUAAUUACAGGAGAGAAGAGAUACUGCCACAGGAAUUUAGAAUGUGGAAAUUGUGGAUGGAGAUAUGAACAGAGAUAAAUCUGAGCAAAGAAAUUAGAGGAGAGAGAGAGGAGGGGAAGGGGGGGGGAGGGAGAGAGAGAUUAUAUAGUGAUGCUUGAUCAAAGUUUAGGCAAAAAAAAAAAGAUAUGAUAAGAACUGCCAGGAUUUAGCCCAACUGAUUCAGGAAAAUUAGGAUCAUUUAGAACUGCAAAGGACAUAAUGCUCUCCUCUUUGAAAAUUUUCUAACAUCAUAAGGAAUUAUUUUGAAAGGGUAGGGGAUUGAGUAUUAUAGCAUAUAAAUUUUCAGUUACUGAUGCAAAAAUGAGUGGAGCUCUGGAAAAACAAUAAUGAUUGCUUAUUUCCCACAAGCCAGGUCCUUUUUUCCUCCUAGCAAAUCCAUCACUGACAAGCCUAACUCCCAAAUAAUGUAAAUAUUUAAUCCCAAAGCAUAAAGCUUAUCUCUCAUCUGUGCUUGCCUGUCUCUUGUAUGUCCCUCAGUGCUCUUGAUUUAUACACACACACAUCGUACAUGCACAUCUGCCUAGUUUCACAAAAUACUCUUGCCUUCUUGAGGGCUUAUUAUGACAGUGAUCCACCAACUACAUUUCCCUCCAGGUCCUAUUUGUUUCUCUCACAGAUUACAUGGUGGAAUUAUAAGGGAGUACUGUAUAAUAAAAUGGCCAAGCAAGACUCAAA